AUGUUGACAUGCAAUAAAGCUGGAAUCAGGAUGGUUGUGGAUGCACCUAAUUCCAAUGGGCCUUUCCAGCCGGUGGCUCUUAUGCACUUCAGAGGUACGUAGGAACCAUUGUUGCUUUUUGUCCUGGGGAAGAGAGAGAGCAUUUCUCUAGCUGUUCUUUUCCCCUCCUUUGGUUCUUGGCUGAUUUGUCACCAAGAUGGGAAGAUAAGCUUUAAGAGUCUUUGUUUCAGAAGAAUUGAUGUUUGUAAAGGGUUUUAUUGUUUCCUUAUAGGGGAUCGGGGAUGUUUGUCUUGGGGAUUGCGUGCAGAGCUCCAAGAAAAGAGAGUGUGAAAAAACUGCUUUUACUACCCUCUCGCUCUCUACCCACCACCCCCACACAGCCCAGUGACGUAAAAGGAAGUGAGGUCAUAGCCUAGGGAAGGGUUUUCAAUCUCUCUCUCUGCGUGUGUGUGUGUGUGUGUGUGUGUGUGUGUGUGUGUGUGUGUGUGUGUGUGUGUGUGUGAGAGAUAAAUUAUUAUUUGUGUUUAUGUGUGUGCUUAUCUGUGUAAGUGUUUAAAUUCGUUCUGCCUCUCUAUUUGGUCCCGGCUCAUGGUUUGUGUAACACUCCAAUUCAUCUGGGCACAAAUUGUCCAUAGCGUGUUGUAGACUACUGCCUCUACUGCAGCAGCCCCUCUCUGCCUCCCCACCCUUUUCCCUUUUCCCUCCUUCCUCUUCCCAAUGGAGGAGAGGUUGCCACCGCUUAAGAGGGGCAAAAGCCUGUUAUUACCUUCCCCUGAAACAACAAACCUUAAUGAGGCACAGUUAGUAGGCUAUAGGCUAGCAGAUGGCUAUUUCAGCUAUAGGCUAGCUCCGUCAAUAGGCUAGCUGCUAGCGCAUUCAGGAAGCGUCAUUUCCAUGAGCACCAAUGUGAUGUUAAUAGGCGCAUGUCAAAUUGGGUGUCAAACGAAAGCUAAGAGUAUAUAUACAUUUUUCUACCGUUUUCCAUUCUAAAAUGAGGAAUAAGCAAAGGCACGGAUUUCUUGUCAAACAGAUGGAAAAGGGGACUUAGAAAACAUCUACCAGAAAAAAGUCUUAAAAAGUAUCAGAAAUGCAUCAAAACAUCUUAAUGUUGAAGUGCCAACUAAUAUCAACACUUAUAUUUAGUUUAGGGGAAUUUGUACCGCUUUCUGUAAGUUUAAGAAACAUUGCCUUGAAAUUCCGUUACCAAAAACCUACAUCUGUAAGAUAUUUUCUAAUUUCUCUCCCUCAUGAGUAGGGAGGAUAAUGAAAGUUCACAGAAGUAACAAGUAAAAGUAGACCUAUCAAUUACUUAGUGUUUUUACUGAUAUGAAUUUAGUGUAUGAAUUAUUAAGUGAUUACAAUUCAAAAUUCUGUUAAUAAAUUGGUAACAGAAUUUCUGAAAAAUUGGUAACAGAUUUUCUGAAAUCACAAAACCACAGUUGGGUCACCUGCUACUGGCCUCCCUUCCUCUGGCAUACUGUAAUGUAUAGCUGGAAACUGUUUUCUUUCUCUUUCAACAUCCACAGAUAGCGUUUUUUGGUCAGAUCCAGACCAGCCUUGAUUUCAAUGUCCACAGACAUCUGGACCGGCCUUAAUUUGGCCCAAACAUAGAUGUCUAUGAUUGGUUAAAAUCAUGGACGUCUAUGUUUCACAAGUUUGGACAGUAAUGUGUGCAAUAGUAAGUCACAUCAGGGUUAAUGUAUAUUGUCACAACCAUAACACAGCGACUUUAUCUCUCUUACACAACCCAUCACAGAGGGUAUUUUAGGCACAUGUACAGAAACUUUAUCAGCGUGCGUUAUGCAAUUGGAGAAGUCUGUGGGCGGACAUGGUCAAGGUAGGCAAGGGUGCAUGGGAACACUUUCCAACACACAGUGCCUGUGCCUAAAUGGAGGCCCUGUUCUGGAAGCAACUACUGGGGGACUGAACAUUUACACAUAACAUAGCAUAUAAGUUAACACAUAUCAUAACAUAACACAUAACACAGGCUAGCGUAUAACAAAAUUGCCAUUUUAUCCAUAGGAAUUGCUUUUACGUUCAACUUGUGUGGAAUUCCCAAGCUAUUAUCACUGACAUUAUAUUAUUUAUUGGCUUACAUUGUAAAUGUCAAUGACACUCCAGACAGUUGUCUUUCUGUACCAAGGCCCUUUUGUGUUUAUCUAGGAAGGAUGGGCCUCUCCUUUAACCCAGAAUCUGUAAAGGCCUGCUAAAGCCUUUGGGAUAUCUUUGUGUGUUCUCUUCUGUCCUCUGGCAUUUCUCAGUCUUUUUGUAUAUCCACAAAAAUGGGAUGUUUUCCUCUCAAUUAUUCUCGACAGUUGACUCAAUACUAUAGUGGCUAGUGCCACAGUCAAUAAAUGCCACUCCAGAGAUUGUUGCACAUUCACUUUCCUCAGUCAGUGCAAAGUAAGGGUAUCAUUUUCAAAUUUUUGGUAAGAUUGUCAUUUUGGCCUCUCCUAAAUGAAGGCCUAAUAUGCCAAACAUGUAGGCUAAAUUCACAGAUUUUCUUCUCAAUGACAAAGCAUCACAGAAACCUCUUGCACGAUGAGUUGUCAUGUUUAUGACUACACCACUUCAUCAAGUGUUUUUCUCAGCAAUCAGUCCACUAUUACUUUUGAUUGCUUGAGUAAAACCCUGCCAAUUUAUUCAGAGCUGGAUAAGUGGAAUAUAAGUGGAAUCAUGCGUUGCAUGAAAGUGCUCCAUCAAAAUGUGCUUCAAUUUAUUUUAAUCUAGGCCAAUAUCAGAUGGGCUAUAAAGGGGCUUUAUUCAGUGUUUGGGCCCCAGCUCCUCAACCCUGUCUCUUGACCACACCCUUACUACAUCCUAGUUUAGACAACAACCAACUUUGCCAUAAAAGCAUGUGAAAAUAGGUAAACCUCAGACCUCAAGUCAUUAUUUCCGUACUUACCUUUCGUGUCGCUCAAAUUUAAUUUGAAAAAUAUUCAAAUUGAUAAAGAUGGAGUUGUGUCCCUUCCCCGCCACAAGAAUGGCUGGGGUAUUGAUGGAAGGUCUUGCAUUGAUGUGCCCUUGAGCAAGGCACUUAACCCUAAUUGCUCCUGUAAGUCGCUCUAGAUAAGAGCAUCUGCUAAAUGACUAAAAUGUAAAUGUAAAUGCAUUGUCCAAUUUAAGAGCCUGGCCCUGCAGAUCAUUUUAUGGAUACAUUUCUUCCAGGACCUAUUUCAUAUGAAUAGGCCAUGGCUUGGUGGACAGCCUUUGUGGGCUGAAAGAGACAGUGAUGUGCUGAAGCAUGUAAAGUGUAUGUGGAAUAUACUGUACAACUGUGCAGGCAGGGCUGGUGAUUCAGCAGACUGUGGCCCUGUUCGAAUACUUUAGAAAUGCAUUCUUGAUCCUUCAUUCCAUCCUUGUUUCCUUGCGGUACGUACCCAGAUCUUUAAGUGAGUGGAUUGGUGAAAACAAGGUUACCACCUUAUCACUUUCCCCAAUUCAAACAAGGUUUAUUUCGGAGGUAUUCGAACUGGGCCUUUGACUAGUGUCAGAUACCCACCAGCAGAAAUACUGUACCAGUCUUACCAGCACCAAAUCUCUGCUGCUUUAAACACACGCCACCUUCACCUGGAGAGAACUUGGGCCAUGAAAUGCAGAGGCAGACAACUAUUAUAUUAUACUAUAAUAGUGUGUGUGUUAAUUUGACAGCUUUCUGUUUUGACACUCACUGUGUCAAAACUGACAUGGCGCUCACCCCCUCCCACCCUAGGAAGUAAUAGACUGGCCCCUGUGGAAUGUGCCCAAUGCUGUCUGUGACACCAGCGUUGGCAUAUUUCUAUCAUGCUGACUGCCUGCCACCCAGUGCGGUUCCUGUUGCCAUGUUGGCAUGGCAGAUUGCGGAUUAGUGAUGGCAAAUGUGCUUAUUUGCCCCCCCGUGUUUGUUGUUUACAUUGGCAGUGUUACAGGCUUUGGUUUUUCCAUUUAUAUUUAGAGGUUGGACUUUAGCAGAUGGGGCGCACCGAUUGGUGUUACACCUGUGCUGGUUUGUCAUCUCGUUAGUGGGAAGGUGUUUCACCUGUGCUGUUUCUUCUUGUGGGAGCACUCCAGCCCAUCAAUUCUCUUGUUGGGACUGGUGUAUCUCCUAAACAAGAUUUUGGAUCAGAUGUGUAUGAACCCUUUGUUUCAGAGGGGUUCGUGUCUCUACCGAGUGGCAAUUCUGUUAGGAAGCCAGUGAAGGUACUGCAAGACACUGGGGAAGCCCAAUCCUUCAUUUUGGAGGGUGUUUUGCCUUCGUCUGAAUCUUCAUCAACUGGUUACAUUGUGUUAGUACAAAGCGUGGAGAUGGGUUGCAUGGGAGUUCCUUUUGUAUAAUGUGGAACUCGAGUCUGAUCUUGUUUCUAGUUCCGUUGUCAUUGGAGUGUGGCCUAGCCUACCGGUGAAGGGGGGUCUCAUUCGUUUUGGGAAAAUAUUUGGCUAGAGGGGAGGUCGUGCCAAAUCCUGCCGUUUGAAAGGAACCUGAUGGGUUACCAGAAAAGUACCCUGGAGUGUUCCCAGCGUGAGCCGUUACACAUGCUGUGUCUAAGAAAGUCGCUGGGAGCAAGUCUAGUGUUGAGGAGGAUGUCAGCGACCCCACCAUGAUCGAUCUGUCCGAGACGUUUGUGUGAUCCUGAUUUCGGUAAACCUCCUGAGUUGACCUCUCCUUUGAAAACCCCAAAGGUGAGCGAGUUUGUAGGACCGCUGAAGGAAGAUGUGUUUGCCAGCGGGUAAACCGAAACAAGCUGUACCGGUUAUAACUUUGUAGCCUAUUCUUGCUUUUGAUUAACCUUUCAGCAGGGUUCUGGUGGAUUGAGUUAGUCUUUUUCUCAAAGCAAAGAGUGGUAACCAGUUUCUCUGAACCAUUAUGGGCACUGCCACUCAUUUCCCUGAGGCCAUUCCACUGAGGAAAAUCACGGCUCCCAGUAUUAAGGCCCCUGGUGAAAUUAUUUUCAACGUUUGGACUUCCACAGGUAGUACAAUCAGACCAAGGUUUGAAUUUCAUUUCAAUGGUCUUCCAGAAAGUGCUACAGCAGUUGGGUGUUACCCAUUGCCCCCUCUAGUAACUACCACCCAGAGUCUCAAGGUGCUCUUGAGAGAUUAUCGGACUUUGAAGUCUAUGUUGAGAGCUUACUGCUUUGAGUUUGAGAGACUGGGAUGAAGGGGUCCCUCUUGUGCUGUUUGCAACGCGGGAGGUUGUUCAGGAAUAUCUUGGUUUUAGUCCGAAUGAUCUUGUGUUUGGACAUCAUGUCAGAGGUCCUUUGAGCUUGCUGAGGGAGAGGUUGUAUCAGGGCGACAGCUUAAACACAGAAACAAAUCUUCUGUAGCACAUUAGCGCUUUUCGAUACAGAUUGCACUGCACCUGUGAAUAUGCCAGUAAGAAUAUGGAGAAAGCGCAAACGAAAAUGAAAGUAUGGUACGAUCGAAAGGCCCAAAACCGCACUUUCAAUGUGGGUGACCAAGUCCUGGUUUUGUUGCCCGUUCUGGGGUCACCGUUGCAAGCUCGCUUUUCAAGCCCUUACCCCAUAGUGAAAAAAAGUGGUCAUCUGGAUUACUUUAUGGCCACACCGGAGCGCAGGAAAAAACCCAGCUGUGUCAUGUCAACAUGUUGAAACCAUACUUCACCCGCCUGUGGCCACUGCUGUCACCAUUGACUAUAGUCUUCCUCUAGAGCACGAGGAAAGCCCAAUACACCCUGUGCCUGUUGGACGAAUGAGUAACUCCGAGAUUCUAGACAACCUUGAUGUCUUUUUGGCACACUUGUCUCCGGAGGAAAAAGCAGACAUUGUUGCACUGCUUUUGGAAUAUCAGGGUUUAUUCUCAGAUGUGCCAACUCAGACAAAUGUACUCGAGCAUGACAUUGACAUUGGGGACUCUGCCCCAAUCAAACAACAUGCCUAUCAAGUAAAUCCUGAAAAUAUAAAAACUCUGAUUUUCAGGAACUCAAUGCCGUUACUAAGUCGGACUCAUACCCUUUGCCCAGGGUCGAUGAUUGUGUGGACCGUGUUGGCGCUGCUGAAGGGAUAUUGGCAGGUCUCUCUAACUGAGCGAGCCAAAGAGCUUUCUGCUUUUGUCACUUCUGAUGGUUUGUUGUCCUACCUUCGUCUUCUGUUCGGGUUACGAAAUGCAAAGACCCUUUUGUUCUCUGCACCGGUGCUAGCUGAUCCAGAUUUCCAUUGUCCAUUUGCUUUUUACACCGAUGCCAGUGACGUAGGAGCAGGGACUGUGCUCCUACAGAAAGACGAUAACAAUGUUAAGCACCCUGUGGGGUACUUUUCAAAGAAAUUGGCCUCAUAAACACUACUCGACUAUCGAGAAGGAGACGCUCGCUUUGUUACUGGCUCUUCAGCACUUCGAGGUUUAUGUAUCGGUCUCUACCACUAUACCGAUCAUAACCCUCUCGUUUUCCUGCAAAAGACGAGCUACAUGAAUCGCCAACUUCUUCGCCGGAGUCUCAUUGCGGAAGUUUCCCCUUGAAAUCAGACAUGUCUGUGAAAGACAACGUUUUUUUGUUUAGGCACAUUUUGUUUUGAGUGUACGUUUUGCCAUAUUGGAGAUACGUUUUGGUUGGGCUCAUUCCAAGGGGAUGAGAGUUAUAGAAACGUAUGGGGAAGAUUAUUUUUUUAUUUUUUUAAAGAAGUGGCCGUUUUGUCUUGUAUUUCAUUGUUGACAGCCAGUAGACAUCAUGUUUAUAUUGGAGAAGGCGACUCAUUUAAGUUGAUAAUGUUGUGAGAUGGAAGUUUUAUUUUCUGUUGGUUGUGAGCAAACUUGUCCAACAAAAAUAUAAGCUAUAUUUGUUGUCUUAAGGGGGAAGGUGUUACAGGCUUUGGUUUUUCCAAUUAUAUUUUGAGGUUGGAUGUUAGCACGUGAGGCGCACCGAUUGGGCGUCACCUCAUUAGUCAGUAUGUCUUACACCUGUGCUGGUUUGUCAUUUCGUUAGUGGGAAGAUGUUUCACCUGUGCUGACCCAGUGCUCCAGUUGGCUUGAGAGAUGUGGAGGGUUAACACCUUUUUAGUUUAAAGAAAUGAUGAAAUAGUUUGGCAACUAUCAAUAAUAAUAAUAUGCCAUUUAGCAGACACUUUUAUCCAAAGCAACUUACAGUCAUGUGUGCAUACAUUUUUACGUAUGGGUGGACCCGGGGAUCGAACCCACUACCCUGGCGUUACAAGCGCCAUGCUCUACCAAUUGAGCUACAGAUGUUUAAUCUUUCAAAUGAUAUCAAGCUCAACUAUUUAUAUAUUUUUCUGAUGACGACAUGGAUGUCUCAUGGUAGUGUGGGGUAUGCAAAAUGGGUAAACUUUGCAUUCAGGUCCAAAAAGUCAGGUUCUGACCACUUCUACCAUGGGCAAACAUGUAUAGAAGGUUUCGUUCAAAUCAAAAGGGGUGCAGUCAGAAAGUGAUUGAAAUCAUAUGGAAAGGCCCUAUAGGGAAGUUGUCUGUUCAGUUGUGGGGGAACUAUUCUUUGGACAUUGAAGUUAACAGGGUGAAAACUAGAGAGUAUGUACUUCUGACAGUGUUCUUUUUACUCUGUUUUUUUCUUCUUCCCUGUGCUAUGCAAGCAGUAAGCACUGUAUAUGGGCGGCAGGUAGCCUAGCGGUUAGAGCGUUGGGCCAGUAACCGAAAGGUUGCUCGUUCGAAUCCCCGAGCCGACAAGGUGGAAAAAAAUCUGCCGCCGUGCCUUGAGCAAGGCACUUAACUCUAAUUGCUCCAGGGUCGCCGUUGAUAAUGGCUGAUCCUGGCUGUAACCUCCACUCUCCAAGGGUGUCUCGGGAGAUGGGAUAUGCAAAAAACACAUUUCCAAUUCACAUGCGCAUAAGACAAAUGUGUGAAAUGGGACAAAUAUAAGCCCCCACCAAAUUAUUAUUACGCCUUAAAGGAGAGGUUCUUUUUUUUACAACCAAAUCUCUAUUUUUGCUGUAAAUGGCAUGUUACAGAAGGGUCCAGACACCUUUUUUGUGAUUUCACAUGUUUUAGAGAAACGUACCCUAAAGACCAAAUCACUUCCUCAUCCUCGUUGUGUAGUAUGGGGCCCACGAAAACACAUGAACAAAGGCUCCAAAAACACCCAAAUAGAAACGGCAAAGCUCUCAGUAUAGUGAUGCAUGUGUUUAGAUAUUGUACACUUGAAAUUGUCAUUCCGAACUUUACCCGCGACGUUAUGUUACAUUUUGUUGCGACUCUAGCAAUACCUUUUCUUCCAUUUUGCAGGUAACUGCCAAAAUAAUGAGUAAAUUAGGGAUACAAAGUAUAUUGAAAGCAUGGGGCGCUUCCACACAGGAAGUUCCAGACCGCAUUGAAGCUGUUUUGGCAGUUCGUGGUGGCCCAAUGCCCUAUUAAGACACUAUAUGUUGGUGUUACCUUUUUAUUUAGGCAGUUACCUGUAGCAGCAGGCUACACGGAGAAUGGAACCACUCAAGUCGCGCAAAAGGGAAUAUAACAUUGUGGAUAAAGUUCUGAAUGACAACUUCAUGUGUACAACAUCUAAAGACCUGCAUCACUAAACUGAGAGCUUUGCCAUUUCUAAAAGGACGUAUUUGGGUGUUCUUGGAGAUUUUCUUCAGGGCCCCCAUACUACACAACGAGGAUGAGGAAAUGAUUUCUGUUUGUGUAAGUUUCUCUAAAACAUGUGAAAUCACAAAUGUCUCUGGACCCUUCUAUAACAUGCCAUUUACAUAAAAUAGUAUUGAAAAUGAUUUUUCACAAUAAUCAUUUUCUAAAACAUGAUUUUCUCUCUCCCUCAGACUGUGCUCCGGCGGAGCAGGAGAAGCUGUUUGUGCAGAAGCUACGCCAGUGCUGCGUGCUCUUUGAUUUCCUGUCGGACCCACUAAGUGACCUGAAAUGGAAGGAGGUGAAGCGGGCGGCGCUGAGCGAGAUGGUGGAGUACAUCACCCACAACAGGAACGUCAUCACAGAGCCCAUCUACCCAGAGGUGGUGCACAUGGUGAGUGUCGGCAGACUGACUGGAAGAGAGUAGAGGAGACACCCUUAAGGCCAGCCCUGGCUGGGGUGAAUAUGGCUGGGUAGAGUUGGUGUUAUGAUAAUCUGUGCUACCGCCCAGAAUGUGCUACUUUCUGACAAUCUGAGCUAUCCCUCAGAAUGUGCUACAAUUUUGUGUCCCGGUCCCACUGUUCAGAAUGUAAUAGUUACAUGCUGACCAGACCGCAUGCGUGUGCAUGUUGAUUUUGUCCAGACGCUUUCAGGACACGCAGGUUGAAAUAUCAAAACGAACUCUGAACAAACUAUAUUAAUUUGGAGACAGGUCGAAAAGCAUGAAACAUUUAUGGCAAUUUAGCUAGCUAGCUUGCUGUUGCUAGCUAAUUUGUCCUGGGAUAUAAACAUUGGGUUGUUAUUUUACCUGAAAUGCACAAGGUCCUCUACUCCGACAAUUAAUCCACAGAUAAGUGUAAACUGAGUUUGUUUCUAGUAAUGGCGGCUUCUUCUUUGAACUUUAUAUGGCGGUUGGCAACCAACUUUAAGGUGCAUUACCACCACCGACUGGAUUGUGGACAUCAGUUCAUCUUUCAAUCACCCACGUGGGUAUAUGCUGCUAAAAACCAAUGAGGAGAUGGGAGAGGCGGGACUUGCAGCGCGUCAAGCGGCUCAAAUAGAACCAAGUUCUAUUUUAGCGCCUGGCCACACAGACGCUCGUUGAUGCGCGCGAGCAGUGUGGGUGCAAUGAUUGAAUAACAUGUAUGUGUACAUUUGUUUUGCGACGCGAGUGGUGUGGUCAGCAUGUAAGGGUAGCACGCUUUAAAAACAGGAUUCCAACAAAGAAUGCAAUACCAUGAGAAUCUCCAUUGGGGCUAGCACAUGCUGAGCAGUCAGGUCAGAAUUAUUAACCAGAUUAUUAGCCAUUUACAGGGAUUUGCUUUACAUUUGAGCCCCACAAAUUAAGAAAGAGAGAUGGUUGCAACGCUAGAUGUAACAGACAGGAAUGGGGUUAAUUUCAAUUCAGUCAAUUCAGAAAGUAAACAAAAUUACAAUUUUCAUUUUUCCUCAUUGAAGAGCCAUUGACGUAACAAAGCCAUAAAAAAACUAGGAAGCAUGAAGCAAUCCUCUGCAUGCGUGACCCAUCAAGUUAGCCUGUCGUGGUUUUUAAUGUAAUAGCUCUUUGUGGCCCGGCAUAAGGCUGUCAUGGAUAAGUGUGUAAACGAAGUGAGCCUUUUUAAGUGUCAAAGCAUUUCAUUCCUGAUUUUAAAACAUUCAAAUUGUAAUGCUUUGCCUCACCUCCCUACUGAACUCUCGCUAGUCUUCCACCUGUCAGCAGUCAUCACCCAGAUUCACUUUGAAGUGUUUCUCUUUUCUACAUCAAAGCUUCCAUAGUUAGCGGUAAAGCUAAUGAGUUAUUAUAAGCGUUUGACAUUUUAAUUAAAAACCUCUGUAUGAAUAAAUAUAUUUUCUCUUUUUAAAAGCUACAGCUGGGCUUGAACUUGUUUACCUAGCUAGCAGCUCUGCAACCAACGGAAAUAGCAGUGUUCUAUAUCCUCAGGGCACCUGCACUGUCCCAUGAUCUCUUUACUGGGAAUAGCAGUUAUAGCUAGCAUCCCACAGGGCAAGUCAGUUGAUGUUGGAGACAAAUGAUAACACACUUGGGUUCAGUGAAAGAUGCAGAACUGGUUGAGUUGGCAGAGUAGAUACUACGGCCCUAUUUGAAUACUUCAGACAUGCCCCCUUCCUCCUUUGUCCCCUUGAGGUAAACACAGAUCUAUAAGUGACUAGAUGGAUGAGAACGUUACCACUCUAUCACAUUCACCUAUUUAAAUCUGUGAUUAGUUUAAGUAAGGUAUGAAGGAAGAAUCAAGGAUGCAUUCUAAAGUAUUCAAAUAGGGCAUGUAUCUUUUUGACAAUACUUCAAAAACAUUCCCAAGGCUAUCCUGUUACAAUCAAUGUAAAAUGAAGCAGAGGCCAGUCAAGUGUUUUGGCAUCAUACUGGCCUUCAUCAGGGUGAUCUACUGCAUCUGAAUAUGCUUUGUUGUGCUUUUCCCACCCUCAGUUUGCGGUGAACAUGUUCCGAACGUUGCCUCCGUCCUCCAACCCCACAGGAGCAGAGUUUGACCCAGAGGAGGACGAGCCUACACUUGAGGCUGCAUGGCCACAUCUCCAGGUACCUAGGGCAUCUGAUAACCCAGCUCACAUGGCCUGGGCCGUGUUCAUUCGACAAACGGAAGAAAAGACGGAAACAGGGAGGAACUACCUGGUUUUGUCCUAAACACUCAUUUUUGUAAAGCGUUUUUUCUGUUGCAUGUCCUAAUGAACACCCGACCCUGCUGUUUGAUUUAAGUGCUGCAAACGUUACGUUUAAGUACAGUGCUGUAUAAUGAAAGCAUCUAAUCAGUUUAGCAUUAAAGUUCACUGGACCUUCCCCGGCUCAGACCAAAAGAGCACAUCUGUUUAUUAUGGAUCAUUAUGAUAGGAUGUUAUAUUGGGGAAUUGCUGUGAUCUUACAAAACAUUUUUGUAAGGAAAGAUUCUGACUAGCAUUUUGGACAUUAUCUUUCUUGAUAUGCAUUCAGCAAAUUAUGCGUUUGUAAAAGGAUUUCUUUCUUUCCAGCUCGUCUACGAAUUUUUCCUUCGGUUUUUAGAAUCUCCCGACUUUCAACCGAACAUAGCGAAGAAGUACAUUGACCAGAAAUUUGUGAUGCAGGUAAGAGCUGAAAGAACCAUGGAUACCUGCUCACACAGUUUUAUUGUGAUAGCAAGAGUUUCCAAAGGGCAUUUAUUUCUUUAAGUGUGACGUCAUAUGUCCACAGCUUUUAGACCUGUUUGACAGUGAGGACCCGCGGGAGAGGGACUUCCUCAAAACCACCCUCCACAGGAUCUAUGGGAAAUUCCUGGGACUACGGGCCUACAUCAGAAAACAUAUCAAUAAUAUAUUUUAUAGGUGAGUUUAAUUUCAGCCGACUGUUUAUUCUUAGAUAUUUUAACACCUCAAAUCGAUUGCUAAAGAUUCAAUGGUGACUGUUGGUCUUUUUUUUUGUUUUAUCACUACUAAGAAAUGUAUGUUUGGCUGUGUAACUGAAUGAAAUGUCUCUGUUUUGACAGGUUUAUCUAUGAGACCGAGCACCAUAAUGGAAUAGCAGAAUUGCUGGAGAUACUCGGAAGGUACACCUUGAGCUCUAUUCCAGCGUGUCUUGCAGUGGAGUUUGAAUAGUUAUUUUUGACUUUUGUCCAGUCUCAUGAUGUCUUCUCGACUGCAGAUAGGAUCUCUAACCAUUCAUGGUCAGCUGUUGUUUAUCCUUUCAUAUUCUGUUACUAUUUUGAGUUCAGUUUAAAUUAUUUCUAAUAGUAUUAUUCUUAUACAGGGUCUAAUUAUUGUUUCUCUCUAUUUCACAGUAUAAUCAAUGGGUUUGCCUUACCACUAAAAGAGGAGCACAAGAUUUUCCUGUUAAAGGUCCUGUUGCCUUUGCACAAAGUCAAAUCACUUAGUGUCUACCAUCCGCAGGUAAGCCCUUCAUUUUUUUCAUGUUUAAUGUCAUGUUCAUUAGGCACAUAAGGUAAGAAAACGGACUGAAACAGGGAGGGACUACCUUUACUUGUCUAAUAAGAAACGUGUGUUUUUCAUUUUCCGUUGAAAGACAUUUAAAAACAUUUUCCAUUGUGUAGCCCUAAUGAACAUGACACAGUUCUGAUGAUUGUUCUACUAUCAGCCAUGCUGCCCUGGGCGCGGUUCAGGAGGGUGCGAAGUUACAGAACGUUCAUACAGAAAUGCAUUGUGUGGAACAGACACGAUUCUGUCGUGAAGAAUAGGGAGUCGUUUCAGCUCUAUUCAAUUAAUUUUGAUCUGCAACUUUCUGAAGGUUUUCCCCUUUUUGCGCUACUGAAUACACCCUAUGGAAAUGGUUGAGUAUAGGCCUAGUUCUGGCCAGUUGGCACACAGUGGUGCUUGUUUCCACUGAGGCCAGGCCUGUUCAGGUAGUGGGUGGGGGGGGGGGAGGUGAGAACAGUAGCCUGGCUGCUACAAGCUAGCUGUAAUCAGAUACCUGAGUUACUAUGGCGACAAAAGUCCUUGUCAGGGGCCACUUGCUCUUUCUCGCUCUCUGGGCCGGCCUGUGUCUCUGUUUCACUGUAUGACUGCUGUCAGCCAAGUGGACCCCUUGAGCUUGUGGAACAGUUCUUAACCUGCUCUGUGGGCCAUUACAUGCUCUGUGGGCCAUUACAUAGCAUAGUAGUUAAAUUAGAGCUUGAUCUACUGUGUUAGCGUUUGUUUUGACCCAGCCUAAUGCAAAAUGAGAACACCCCUUACAGUAAUUAUCGUUAGUGUAGUACAUUGUAGUUAUAUCGCAGUUAUACUGCUAGUAUUACUGUGUCCAAAGUAUUACAGUUACUACACUGUAACUGAAACUACGUGACUACAACAUUUUUUUAGGGACUAUUGUCGGUGUGAAUGUCAACACAAUAAGACUGAUAGGAUCAGCCAGAAUCACCACUAAUUGUGUCCUAUAUUGUUUUUCUUCCCCCUAGCUGGCAUACUGUGUUGUGCAAUUUCUAGAGAAGGACAGCACUCUCACUGAACCAGUAAGUCAUGUGACAUUUCUCCUCACAUUUGUGAAUUGCUUGUUUAUUGUAUUUGAUAUUUGACCAGAGGCUGAAGGUCUAUUGCUUAUUCCUUCUGUGUUGUAUUGUAUCAUCUGUAGCUCAAUUGGUAGAGCACGGCGCUUGUAACGCCAAGGUAGUGGGUUCGAUCCCCGGGACCACCCAUACGUAAAAGUUUAUGCACACAUGACUGUAAGUCGCUUUGGAUAAAAGCGUCUGCUAAAUGGCUUAUUAUUAUUAUUAUUAUUAUUAUUAUUAUUAUUAUAUCAACCCAUUUAUCAAAACUGAUCGGUUACACAACUUUUAUGCUCAUUACAAGUUUAUCAAUAAUUCACUGAUUUAUUAAUAGCAUAUACUAUAAAAAGGUCAUAUUAAAGUAAAUGUUAAUGCUUAUUCAUGAAAGUCAUUAUAAAGUGUUACUAACUAAUGUAUUGGUCAAUAUCCACUCCACUCACUGAUCAUUGUCUGCCCAGGUGGUCAUGGCCCUUCUCAAAUACUGGCCAAAGACUCACAGCCCCAAAGAGGUGAUGUUCCUCAACGAGCUGGAAGAGAUUCUGGACGUCAUCGAGCCAUCCGAGUUCGUCAAGGUCAUGGAGCCCCUCUUCAGGCAGCUGGCUAAGUGUGUGUCCAGCCCGCACUUCCAGGUGACUGACCCUCUAACCUCAUGCCACGGGAACCCUGCUAUUGGUGCCGUUUGAUCUUUAGAGUCAUUCUAGUCCUGUGGGAAAUUACAUUUCAGUAGUGAAAUGUUUUUAGUUGGUUCCUAGAACUAAGCAGUCCAAUACAAUGGGAACAAAAGAGAACCAGGAAUUUAACGGUUCUGCCUGGAUCGGCCCUGUAGUAGAGAACCGACAUAAUAUACAGUCAGGUCCAUAAUUAUUGGCACCCUUGAUAAAGAUGAGCAAAAAAGUCUGUAUAACAUAAAUAAUACAAAUACUGAGCUACAGUAUAUUGGAUGCUCCAAAAACUUGGGAAGUUAUAUUAUUUUAUAAUACAAUUGCCCAGAGAGAUUUUGUUUAACAAGUAAUAAAAAAUAUCUAAAAAAGAUAAGGGUCAAAAUAUAUGUAUAUGGCUUCCCUUUCCGUUAUCAUAUUGAGUGAGCUGUCCUGACCGAUGGUGCUGUAUGCUUGUGGUCACUGUGCAGGUGGCCGAGAGAGCUCUGUACUACUGGAACAACGAGUACAUCAUGAGUCUAAUCAGCGACAACGCAGCCAAGAUCCUGCCCAUCAUGUUCCCGGCACUCUACCGUAACUCCAAGACCCACUGGAACAAGUAAGUAGACCCUUCUCCACUUUGGCCGUGUUCAUUAGGCACCAAACGGAAGACGACAAACUGAAAUAUGGAGUGACUACCUGGACUAAAAUCUCAUUUUUCAUUGCAAAACGUUUUCCGCUUUGUGGCCUAAUCAGAAUGCCCCAUUGGCCACUUACUUAUAUUUCUCAGAACAUGCUGUGUCAGCCAGACAUGGGUUUAAAUACUAUUUGUUUUCUAUCAAAAACGUUUUAGCUGCACUUGAUUGAGCUUGCCUGGUGCAAUAGAACCAAUAUAAUAGUCCCAAAAGUGCACACCCAUCUGGCACUCCAGGCAGGCUCAAUCAAACCUUCAGUUUUGAAAGAUUUCCAAUAAUACUAAUUAGAACCCAGGCCCCUUGGAAAUGUAUUGAAUUUAGCUGAAUUUGAAAGACAUUGCCACUUAAAAGUUCAACACCUUACCAAACUGUUUUUAUGUGGAAUGAGAGUUCUUUAACAUUUUAAGCUGCUCUGAAAGUGCAGUGUUGAAUGCGGGGAGCUCAACAUUAGUACAGACCUACUUUACUCAUUCCCCUGAAUCAAAAUUUAGUUUGGGCUGGAGGACAGGGCUGCCCUUUAAGACAUGACAGUACACUGACUUACUUCUGUGUGUGUGUGCAGGACCAUCCAUGGCCUCAUCUACAAUGCUCUCAAGCUCUUCAUGGAGAUGAACCAGAAGCUGUUUGAUGACUGCACACAGCAGUUCAGAGCAGAGAAAAAUAAGUAUGUAUACAAUAUUCUCACUUUAGAUUAGCAUAAUUUUCUGAAGUCUUGAUUGUAGUUAAGACUAUGGAUUAUGACGUAAUAUCAUUUACAUUAGUAUAUGGCAAAUGCUGACUAUAGAUUGCAAUAGUCGACAGUCUGCAUCACAAUCUAAACUCAGCAAAACAAGAAACGUCCUCUCACUGUCAACUGCGUUUAUUUUCAGCAAACUUAAUGUGUCAAUAUUUGUAUGAACAUAACAAGAUUCAAUAACUGAGACAUAAACUGAACAAGUUCCACAGACAUGUGACUAACAGAAAUGGAAUAAUGUUUCCCUGAACAAAGGGGGGUCAAAAUCAAAAGUAACAGUCAGGAUCUGGUGUGGCCACCAGCUGCAUUAAGUACUGCAGUGCAUCUCCUCCUCAUGGACUGCACCAGAUUUGCCAGUUCUUGCUCUGAGAUGUUACCCCACUCUUCCACCAAGGCACCUGUAAGUUCCCGGACAUUUCUUGGGGGGGGAAUGGCCCUAGCCCUCACCCUGCGAUCCAACAGGUCUCAGACGUAAGUAAUGGGAUUGAGAUCUGGCUCUUUGCUGGCCAUGGCAGAACACUGACAUUCCUGUCUUGCAGGAAAUCACGCACAGAACGAGCAGUAUGGCUGAUGGCAUUGUCAUGCUGGAGGGUCAUGUCAGGAUGAGCCUGCAGGAAGGGUACCACAUGAGGGAGGAGGAUGUCUUCCCUGUAAAGCACAGUGUUGAAAUUGCCUGCAAUGACGACAAGCUCAGUCCGAUGACGCUGUGACACACCGCCCCAGACCAUGACGGACCCUCCACCUCAAUCGAUCCCACUCCAGAGGACAGACCUCGGUGUAACGCUCAUUCCUUCGACGAUAAACGCAAAUCCGACCAUCACCCCUGGUGAGACAAAACUGCGACUCGUCAGUGAAGAGCACUUUUUGCCAGUCCUGUCUGGUCCAGCGACGGUGGGUUUGUGCCCAUAGGCGACGUUGUUGCCGGUGAUGUCGGGUGAGGACCUGCCUUACAACAGGCCUACAAGCCCUCACUCAGUCCAGCCACUCUCAGCCUAUUGCGGACAGUCUGAGCACUGAUGGAGGGAUUGUGCGUUCCUGGUGUAACUCGGGCAGUUGUUGUUGCCAUCCUGUACCUGUCCCGCAGGUGUGAUGUUCGGAUGUACCGAUCCUGUGCAGGUGUUGUUACACGUGGUCUGCCACUGCAAGGACGAUCAGCUGUCCGUCCUGUCUCCCUGUAGCGCUGUCUUAGGCGUCUCACAGUACGGACGUUGCAAUCUAUUGCCCUGGCCACAUCUGCAGUCCUCAUGCCUCCUUGCAGAAAUCCUAAGGCACGUUCACGCAGAUGAGCAGGGACCCUGGGCAUCUUUCUUUUGGUGUUUUUCAGAGUCAGUAGAAAGGCCUCUUUAGUGUCCUAAGUUUUCAUAACUGUGACCUUAAUUGCCUACCGUCUGUAAGCUGUUAGUGUCUUAACGACCGUUCCACAGGUGCAUGUUCAUGAAUUGUUUAUGGUUCAUUGAACAAACAUGGGAAACAGUGUUUAAACCCUUUACAAUGAAGAUCUGUGAAGUUAUUUGGAUUUUAUCUUUGAAAGACAGUUUCUUUUUUUGCUGAGUUUAGAAGCUUCAGAAAUGAGCUUUAGUGUUUUUAAAUGUUGUGGAACUAAACUAUUAAUUUAAUACAUUCUAUUAUUUAGCUGUAAUGAAUAAUGAAUCAUAGGUUUGAUGAAUGUAAUUUGACCUGAUAUUAUGGCCAUAGAUGAGCAAAUUAACCCUGAUAUGUAUCAAAUUACAUUGUUUGAGUUUCAGAUAUGGUUUUGUAUAAGGAAAUGUUUUGAUAUUCUUAUUUAAUAUGAAAUUGCAUAUAGAAUAUAAUAUUUUCUAUUUGUUAUUUUAGUUGUUCUACCAGUUAUCAACACAUUGUUCAAUGUUCCAAAAAUAUAAUGCCCAGUGGUUAUUCUGUGACUUUAGCUAAUAUGCUUUCUUUUUUUUGCCGUGGUAUUGAGUAUCGUAUUGAUUCUUCAAUUGAAUGAUGUCACGUGAUUUAUGGCUUUGUCCAUAAUUUUUAGUCAUGACUAUGCCCCCAUAGGAUGACAAUGACCCCAUCCACAGGGCACGAGUGGUCACUGAAUUGUUUGAGCAUAAAAAUGAUGUAAGCCAUAUGCCAUGGCCGUCUCAGUCACCAGAUCUCAACCCAAUUGAACGCUUAUGGGAGAUUCUGGAGUGGCGCUUGAGACAGCGUUUUCCAUCAACAAAACAACAAUUAUGGAAUUUCUCGUGGAAUAAUGGUGUCUCAUCCCUCCAAUAGAGUUCCAGACGCUUGUAGAAUCUAUACCAAGGCGCAUUGAAGCUGUUCUGGCUCGGGUGGCCCAACGCCCUAUUAAGACACUUUAUGUUGGCGUUUCCUUUAUUUUGGCAGUUACUUGUAGAUUGUAAUGACUAAUGUUGAUGAUGAUGACGUUUGUCUGUUUCAUCCUAUAGAGAAAAGGCCAAGUCAAAAGAGCGGGAAGAGGCCUGGAUCAAGAUUGAGAACCUUGCAAAAUCCAACCCACAGGUGAGUGAGGGAAACAUCUGCACUAAGACUCCCUUCACAGCAUUGUGUUUGCCAUCUAAAGAGCUGAAGUUGUUUUAUUUUCUUUCUGUACCCCUGAGUACUGUUUUGGUAUGCUGUGCAGAGCAUGACCAGUUUUUUUUUUUUUAUCCUCAAUUUUCUGCAUGCACUGCAAGUGAUUGGUUGGGGGCCACAGCCAAUGAGUUCAACCUAUCUACUCAAUUGCAUUCCCAAUAUAUUGUUUUAUUUUAGGUAGUGUGCUAGUGUGGAUAUUGGAACAGAGUCCUAGUGUAAGGUAAAACAACAUUUUAUGAUAUCUACUCUUAAUCACGGUACUAACGCACAGCUUUUAGAUUUAGAGGCUUCAACUGAAGGAUCAAUGUCUGUACGUCGUCCAUCUCUAUUAUAACCAAAUCACCAAUAGAAGCAAUGACUCCAGCAUCAGAGUUUCUAACCCUUCUGCUUAUCUAACCUCUUCAUCUUUCUUUGCAUGCGACAAGUUCCCAUUGUUUUUGUGUUACAUUAGUUUCUUAUGUGUGUUGAUUCCACUGGCCACAAUUGACCAGUAGCAAUGGAGUCUGAUGGUCCAUAGAAGUUCAUAGGAUAAAAAAGACAGUAACAGAAGAAGCCAAUGUUGACUUCUGUUUAUCUAUCAAUGCUGUUCUAGGAUCAGGUUCCCUCUGUACCUGUAGUCUUAUUCAUUUAUGAUCUAAAAGGCAAAACUGAUCCUAGAUCAGCUCCUACUCUGAGACAUUUUAUGACUAUGGGCCCUGAUCUCUCUCUUCAAAAUGGGCGUAGCUCCUAUAGAGAAGGAAUGACAAGUCAAACCAUGGACUGAACACUGGGAUUAAGUACAUUUGUUAUGUCUAUGUAGAGUAUCUACUAGAUCUCCCUUGCAUGGGGGUAGUCCUGGUAGCUUAUCACUAACAUUUCAUCAACUCUUUUCUCACCUUCCUGUUUGGUGCAUGGCUGGCUUGGUGUUUCUUCUUGAAACUUGGAUUAGUUCAUUAGCAUGUUGCAUGGUUAGUGUUUUUUUGUCAAUUGGUGACAAAGUUUACAAGCAUGAAUUUGUGAUGUGAACAAGGAGUGGUACUUGUGGCAGACUUGGUAGUGCCUAACCGAAGGGAAAUACUGUAGUUACACAAGCGAACUAUUUUAUUCCUUUGGCGCGAACUGUCUCCUCUAACACUUCCCACCCUUCCCUUGUUGCAGUUACAACAGAGAGACCAGAGGAAAGACCGUCCUCUGGUGCGGCGCAAGUCGGAUCUCCCUCAGGACAUCUACACCGCAAAUGCCUUGGAGACCCAUUGCCGCGCCGACGACAUGAUCGCCACCCAUGAUGGGCUCUAG